AACCGACAAACCCUAAUUAGUCCCAAUUCAAUUGUCGAUAGCAUCCGAGCACUCUCUCCAACGCUAGCGGUCGGCGCCGACGCGGCCGCUCCUUGCAAAACCGCAAAGAUGCAGAUCUUUGUGAAGACGCUGACUGGGAAGACGAUCACCCUCGAGGUGGAGUCUUCCGAUACGAUCGACAACGUGAAGGCCAAGAUCCAGGACAAGGAAGGCAUCCCGCCGGACCAGCAGCGCCUUAUUUUCGCCGGGAAGCAGCUCGAGGACGGGCGCACCCUCGCGGACUACAACAUACAGAAGGAGUCCACCCUCCACCUAGUCCUCCGCCUCCGUGGCGGCGCCAAGAAGCGCAAGAAGAAGACCUACACCAAGCCGAAGAAGAUCAAGCACAAGAAGAAGAAGGUCAAGCUCGCGGUGCUCCAGUACUACAAGGUCGACGACGCCACCGGCAAAGUCACCCGCCUGCGAAAGGAGUGCCCCAACGCCGAGUGCGGCGCCGGCACCUUUAUGGCCAACCACUUCGACCGUCACUACUGCGGCAAAUGCGGCCUCACCUAUGUCUACCAGAAAUCGUCAAGCGAGUAAGUUUCUCAUGAAAUUAGGUCUUUGAAUUCCAUUUAGCUUUAUGUGUUUACCAAAUUUGUGCUAGAAAACCUGAUACUCGAAGUCUUUCGUUAGUUCUGAUUUGUUCCUGUCGAAGAUAUUUUGGAUUUUGAGUUAUUUGGUGAUUAGAACUUGUUCUAAUGUCCAUGUGGUUUUUAGUUUUUUAUCCAUUUAGAAGUGAUUGAAUUUGUCA